GCCGCCGCCGUCGGCGCCGGGGUGGGGAGGGGGGGGGGGGAAAAGCCGGCUCCGCCAUGGUGAAGAAGCGGAAAGGCCGAGUCCUUAUCGACUCCGAUACGGAGGAUAGCGGUAGCGAGGAGAACCUAGAUCAGGAGCUCUUGUCAUUGGCCAAACGGAAACGCAGUGACUCUGAAGAAAAGGAGCCACCUGUGAGCAAACCUACAGCAUCUUCAGACUCUGAGACGUCAGACAGUGACGAUGAGUGGACUGUUGGAGGUUCUAAAAACAAAAAAAAGGGAAAAGCGGGUAAGGCAGAGAAAAAAGGAGCCAUGAAGAAACAGACAAACAAAGCUGCCUCUUCAGGCAGCUCGGAUAAAGACAGCUCGGCUGAGAGCUCGGCACCUGAAGAGGGAGAAGUCUCUGACUCAGAAAGCAACAGCUCCUCAUCUAGCUCAGAUUCAGAUUCUUCAUCUGAAGAUGAGGAAUUCCAUGAUGGCUAUGGAGAAGAUCUGAUGGGAGAUGAAGAAGACCGAGCUCGACUGGAACAAAUGACAGAAAAGGAGAGAGAACAGGAGCUGUUUAACCGGAUAGAGAAGAGAGAAGUGCUAAAGAGAAGAUUUGAAAUCAAGAAGAAACUAAAAACAGCAAAAAAGAAAGAAAAGAAAGAGAAAAAGAAAAAGCAAGAGGAAGAGCAGGAGAAGAAAAAACUCACGCAGAUCCAGGAAUCCCAGGUCAUGUCACAUAACAAAGAGCGGCGAUCAAAGCGGGAUGAGAAGCUAGACAAGAAGUCUCAGGCAAUGGAGGAGCUGAAAGCAGAAAGAGAGAAAAGGAAGAACAGAACAGCUGAAUUGCUUGCAAAAAAACAGCCAUUAAAAACUAGUGAAGUAUACUCUGAUGAUGAAGAGGAGGAGGAGGAUGAUAAGUCUAGUGAGAAAAGUGAUCGCUCAUCCAGAUCCUCAUCCUCUGAUGAAGAGGAAGAGAAAGAAGAAAUUCCUCCUAAGUCCCAGCCAGUGUCCUUGCCUGAAGAACUGAACCGAGUACGGUUAUCACGACACAAGCUGGAACGCUGGUGUCAUAUGCCCUUCUUUGCUAAGACAGUCACUGGCUGCUUUGUCCGUAUUGGCAUUGGAAAUCACAACAGCAAACCUGUUUAUCGGGUUGCUGAAAUAACCGGUGUGGUAGAGACUGCAAAGGUUUACCAGCUUGGUGGUACCCGGACAAACAAAGGACUACAGUUGCGGCAUGGCAGUGAUUCACGUGUGUUUCGCUUGGAGUUUGUCUCAAAUCAGGAAUUCACUGAAAGUGAGUUUAUGAAGUGGAAGGAAGCGAUGUUCUCUGCUGGGAUGCAGCUACCCACGCUAGAUGAGAUAAACAAGAAGGAAGUGUCCAUCAAAGAAGCCCUCAACUACAAGUUUAAUGACCAGGACAUUGAGGAGAUUGUGAAAGAGAAGGAAAGGUUCAGAAAAGCACCUCCAAAUUAUGCUAUGAAGAAAACUCAGCUGUUAAAGGAGAAGGCUAUGGCUGAGGACUUGGGGGACCAAGAUAAGGCCAAACAGAUUCAAGAUCAGCUUAAUGAACUUGAAGAGAGAGCAGAGGCCCUGGAUCGUCAACGAACAAAAAACAUUUCUGCAAUCAGUUACAUCAACCAGAGAAAUAGAGAGUGGAAUAUCGUUGAGUCUGAGAAGGCUCUUGUGGCUGAAAGUCACAGCAUGAAAAACCAACAAAUGGACCCCUUUACUAGGCGGCAGUGCAAGCCCACAAUAGUGUCUAAUUCCAGAGAUCCUGCUGUCCAAGCUGCCAUCCUUGCCCAACUAAAUGCAAAAUACGGGUCUGGUGUAUUACCAGAUGCUCCAAAGGACAUGAGUAAGGGUCAAGGGAAGGAUAAAGAUGUGAACUCUAAAUCAGCCAGUGACCUCUCAGAAGAUCUUUUCAAAGUGCAUGACUUUGAUGUAAAGAUUGAUCUUCAGGUUCCCAGUUCAGAAUCUAAGGCACUGGCCAUCACCUCCAAGGCUCCACCAGCAAAAGAUGGUGCCCCUCGGCGAUCAUUGAACUUGGAGGACUACAAAAAGAGGCGGGGGCUUAUUUGAGCAUGCCCACUCUGCUGCUUCUGAUCCUGCAUGCUCCAUGACGAUGUCCUACCUUUUCUUCCUCCCUUUUCAGUUCUCCCUUCUGGGUUGGAGCAGCAAUGGAGCUGGGAAGAGACUCUUUAAAACUGCCAGUCAUCUGUAACAUAAACCAUUCAACUAUUUACUGUAUAGACCUCCCUUCUUGCCCUUUCCUCCUGCCCCCCUCACAAAUGUGGAUCUGUGCUAUUUGGGGUUUUCCCAUUUCUUUUAGUUUGAGUUUUGUUUUUAUUUUGUUGAUGCAGCUCGUUGGUCCACUCUGUGUUCAGUAUUAGCCUGAGGUCUGGAUUUCCGUAGGAAUCUCAUGGUGGUCGCAGAAUCGGCACUUGGUGAUCUCCCCUUACAUACCACCACAGGCAUGGUGAAUAAACAUUGGCGCAAGACCUUUGUGGCUGGAAGGUCAUCUGCACUUUCUUCCUCUUUUUCUUCCUCCUUCAUCCUAGCUUUGGAGAAGGGAAUCUUCAAAAACUGGCUUAGGUUCAAAGUGUAAAUUUUUUUGGGAGGGUUGUGUGACUUUUUUUCAGGUGUUUUUUAUCAUUUUUAAGCUGCAGUACUAUUUGUAUCCGUCUGUCACAGUUCUUUACGGCUGUUUUGAAUUUCUACCAGCUGUACUUGAGCAUCUGAAAUUGCAAGAAAGAAACUCAUUAAAUGUGAUUCUUCUUACUAAAACGGCUUGGCUGGUAUAGCUGUUUAACUUGAUGUUCCCUUUUUUACUUACACUUAACUGAUGAGAGAGAGGUACACAGCUCUUGACGUGGGACUUAUCAUCCAUAGUACAUCCGGAGUCUCCAGCUGUAACUGAGUGGAGUAGCUUUUUCUGGGAUGGCCCUGGGGUGCUCAUUGGUUGGGCUUUAAUUUCUUCUCCAAGCCUCCAAUAUUACAUACUUUUUAAGUCAUUGUGUCUUCACUGGGCUCCAGCUCACUUUGUUCUUGCUUUGUGAACCAUUUAAACGGGGCUUCUAUAAACAAACAAAAAAUAUUAAUAAUUAAAAAAAAAUCACUUUGUGUGGAAGGGGAAGGACACAUUAAGGACAUAGAAAGGUCAGUGGGUAAUGUAUGAGAGGUAGCUGAUGCACAUUUUUCCAUAUAUAAACUGGUACAAGUGGAGUGCAACACUAGCACAAGAAUUGUAUGGCUUUAUGGAAUAUUUGACUGGACACAAGGUGACAGCUAAAUUAUCACUCAGGUGUAAAAAAAAAAAAAAAAAAUCAAA